AAUGAGUUCCUCAUGUGUCACUUAACCGAAAUACGAGUGCGCGGUAUUUUGUAACGUAAACAAUCGUGCUUUGUAAUUAUCUCGUAACGUGCCGCGUUGUUUUACUAACAAUUACUUAUUGGAUAUCAACAAACAGCCAAAGAGAGAUGGGUAGAUCAAAGGCGAAAAAAAGGAAAUGGAUGAAGAAUUUGCAAUCCGAACCCACGGAUCACGGAAUUCCGAUACCGAAUCUACCUGAGAAAUUCCUUUUGAUGCAUGUGAAAAGUGGUACGAAAAUCAGAAACGUUCUCGGAUACGCGCUGAAAGAAUUCUCAAAAUACGACGGCGUCGUGUGGACCGCGAUAGGCCAUGGCAUUGGGAAAGCUGUCUCCUGCGCUGAACUGUUCAAGAGGAAACAGGGAGCUCUACAUCAGAUCACCAAAUUGCGUUACGUGGAAUCAGAGAAGUCAGAAAGGCAGAAGGAAAAAGACGCAAGUGAGACUUACCAUGUACCGGAAAUCCAUAUUUUACUCACGAAGGAAAUAACGGACAAGUCGGAGCCUGGUUAUCAGGCACCGGGUGACAACGGGGAAUUUCUAAAUGACCAAGAAGCGAAAAAUGAAGGAAGAGGCGGAAGACAAAAGGCUGGUAGCAAUAUGACCUCUAUCGAUACCGAGGAAUUCAUGGCUAUGGGAUUGAGGACAGGUCAAAAGAGACCAAAGAAAGAGCAGCAAACGGAAGCGCCAACGAAAAAAAAUAAAAAAGAGCAGAAACGAUGAUCGAUAAUACACAGGACUGAAAUUAAAUUGUAUUGUAAAUAAAACAUAAUUUUAAAUAAA